UGGAUGUGGUGACUUGUGACACCGCCUUCAUUGCCUCCGUAGGAACCGUAUCCUACUCGUUUCUAUUUUAUCCCUACGGGUGAUCGGAAUCGGUGGUUGUUUAAUGCUACGAUUUCUACAGCGCAACAUGAAGCUGCUGUUUGCUGCUGCCCUGAUUGCAGGCUCACUGAUCUUUUUGCUUUUUCCCAGUGCUUCUGUGGCAGAUGAGAAGAAGAAGGGACCUAAAGUCACUGAUAAAGUAUAUUUUGAUAUCAUGAUUGGUGAUGAAGCUGCUGGACGUGUUGUAAUUGGGCUGUUUGGAAAGACUGUUCCAAAAACAGUUGAAAACUUUGUUGCUCUGGCAACUGGAGAGAAAGGUUUUGGCUAUAAGAGCAGCAAGUUCCACAGAGUAAUCAAAGACUUCAUGAUUCAGGGCGGUGAUUUUACACGAGGUGAUGGUACUGGAGGUAAAAGCAUUUAUGGAGAAAGAUUCGCAGAUGAGAACUUCAAAUUGAAGCACUAUGGCCCAGGUUGGCUCAGUAUGGCCAAUGCUGGCAAGGACACAAAUGGUUCCCAGUUCUUCGUCACUACUGUCAAAACACCAUGGCUGGAUGGCAAGCACGUUGUAUUUGGCAAAGUUCUAGAAGGAAUGGUGAGCAACACUUGCAGUCUUGUGAACAUUUCUAAAGAAAAACAGCUCUUGUGUUGAACAAACAAUGCAUUU